CACGACAGUCCCCCGACACGCUUCACAACACCACGACCGGAUCUACAUAUUACCGCGAUGUCACGAGAAAAGCGACCGGCUGCCGACGCAUUCGGCUCGAGCCAACUGGUCAAGCGCGCGAAGUCGGACGCGAACCUUGGUGGAAGCACUGAUGUAGCUGUGGUGAAUGGAACAGCGCAAAAUGGGGCCCUCAUACAAGCAGGAUCGCGCACUGGCGCACUGCAGUCUCCAGUCAUGGAGUUGACAGGCCAUUCUGGAGAAGUAUUCGCAGCUCGAUUUGACCCCACCGGCCAGUUCAUUGCCUCUGGCUCAAUGGAUCGAUCAAUACUACUUUGGCGCAGCUCCGGCUCAUGCGAAAACUACGGCAUUCUCAGCGGACACAAGCAGGCCGUCUUAGAUCUACACUGGUCACGAGACUCGAAAGUCCUAUUCUCCGCAUCCGCAGACAUGAACCUGGCAAGUUGGGACGUUGAGACUGGCGAAAGGAUACGAAGACAUCCCGGACACGAGGAAGUGAUUAAUUGCAUGGACGUCAGCAAGCGCGGCGAGGAGAUGCUCGUGAGCGGCUCCGACGAUGGUUAUAUUGGGAUCUGGGAUACGCGAACGAAGGACGCUGUAACCUUCAUCCCCACAGAUUUCCCCAUAACUGCGAUAUGCCUCGCAGAAGCUGGCAACGAACUAUUUACGGGUGGCAUCGACAACGAUAUCAAGGUCUGGGACCUACGGAAGCAAGCUGUCACAUACACACUGCUUGGCCACACCGACACGGUGACUUCAUUACAAAUGUCCCCAGACAACCAGACCCUUCUUUCGAACGCACACGACUCGACUGUCAGGACAUGGGACGUUAGGCCAUUUGCCCCCGCAGAUCGCCGUAUCCAGACGUAUGAUGGAGCGCCCACAGGGCAGGAGCGCAACCUUUUGAAAGCAAGUUGGGAUUCGAAGGGCGAAAAGAUCGCAGCGGGCAGCGGAGACCAGAGCGUAGCCAUUUGGGAAGUGCGGACAGGGAAGCUUUUGCACAAGCUUCCUGGCCAUCGCGGCGCAGUGAACGAUGUGCGCUUCCAUCCAAGGGGCGAACCACUACUGGUCUCUGCAUCCUCGGAUCGCACACUCAUGGUAGGAGAGCUAGGCAAGUGAAGGUACAAGUGGAAGAUCUGGCUACGGAUUCUUGCUUUUAGAAGAGCGCCGCGAGAAGAGUGAGGUAGGCCCAAGAGGAGAUGAGCGGCAGGUCUGCUGCGCCGCGGAUAAGUCACAGAGGCGUUCUUAUGGACUGGAUACGCCGGUGCGACGUUUGCGGAGUUAGGGAGUCAGAUGCACAGUAAGCGUUGGGGAGUGAGGGACCGAUGGACGCGAAAAGGACGCGAACAGGUCAUCUACCUGCAGUGCAACGACAGCACGCAGGUAAACAAAUACAAUCAACACGACGCGAUUUGAUAUCCUC